AUGACAAUCUCUAACGAGCAAGCCGGCCUGUUGGUGGUGGCCUGGGCUUUUGGAGGGAUUUCGGUGCUUGUUGUCGCGCUGCGCGUCCUGGCGAAAAUAAAGAUUCAACGGAUCAUGCUGGAUGAUGUAAUUAUGGUUUUUGCCUUGUGUCUUGGACUCAUCGCCUCUGCUCUCCUGACCUGCGCUAUCCUAUAUGGCUACGACCAGCAGACAAAAGAUGACAUGGGGAUGAAUGCGACGGAGGCUCGGAAAUUUGGCUCGCUCGCGAUAGUAUUUACGGUUGCCUGUGCGGCUACAGCGCGCACUGCCUUCGUGCUGUAUCUAGCGGUGAUUCUAUCAAGACAAAAAUGGCACCGGAUCAUCCUGAUUGCCCUCAUGGCCCUUGAACUCGCUGUCAAUGCUGUUUCAAUUAUCUUGGUCUUCGCCUCGUGCAAUCCUGUGCACGCGGUUUGGGAUUAUUCAAUUGAUGGUGAUUGUCUUUUAGAUUCCAUCCAGAUCGGGUAUGGUACUUUUCUGAGCAUCUUCAACGCCACCGUUGAUCUGUAUCUCGCUGUGGUGCCGACCUACAUCUUCUGGCAUCUUAACCUGCGGCUUCCAGUUAAACUCAGUUUGAUCUGUCUAAUGAGCCUUGGUCUGCUAGCGAUGGGAGCUUCUAUCGGCAAAAUCAUGCAGAUCCCUGAGCUGCAGAACGAUAUGCUCACCGGCACCUCCAACCUCGUCCGCUGGGCCUUCAUCGAAGCAUACGUAGUGAUCAUUGUCGCCUCGCUGCCGUGUCUGCGCUCUCUGUUCCUAUCUGGAUUCCGCUACAAGGUUAGUAGCAAGCAGCGGUCGCGCGAUUACGAACUCACUGCAACGGUCAAGGGCAGUCGUGGUGGGCCGUCGUCCCUGAUCACGACGCGUCACAGAACAAACUCGCGCUUGCGCAAUAUCCUUCCAAAACCAGGGAACCGUGAAGAUGUGAGUGAUACUCAUAUACUCGGGGGUAUGAAUAGCGUGGAAGCGGCAGAGGCGGGUGAGAGUUCUCGAGACCUGGGAGUUGGGAUCUGGAAAGAUGUGGAGUUUCAACUUUCUGAAUUCAAGGUCGAGAGAACGAGCGUAUGA